CGCGAUGGGAACAUAAUUCAUAGAUAAAACGGAUGACCAAUUUCUCCUAGUAAUAUAAUAAUAUUAUAUGUGGUUUUAACAUUCAAAAACACUAAACCCUUCGGAAAUACUAAAAAGCAAAACAAUAUACACACAAAUAUACGAACUUCAUAAACACAAAAGAUGUGAAAAUUGAGUCAGUGUUAAGAAAACGUGAAACAAGAUUCAAAUCCUCGUGGAAAAGCACAAAUCGAAAAUCAAAGCUUUGGUGCUUUCUCCUUGCUUCGAUAGUCAAGAAGAAGGUAGAUAGAUUCAUGGUUCAACGGAAAAGCAUGAAGAGGAACAACAACGAUCCUCAAACGAACCGGCAUCAUAAUUAUGUCUGUAUCAAAACGGCGACGCAUCCAGGAAAACGCAUCGCUAAAGCUACUCUGUUCCUCGUCUCUUCUCUCAUCAUUUCUGCUGGUCUCUUAGACUUAUUGGGUGGUUUCGAUUUCACAACUUUUGCAGGUCUGAAGCAAGUAACAACAACAACAACCAGAAAAUCACCAAUCACGGAGCUGCAUAGAUUCCCUCACCAAUGCGAUGUCUUAUUACAGAACCAAACACAAGAACAAGAACAGCAUAUUCCAAUUUCCGAAGAUCGCACCACCUCGAAUAAUCAAAAUAACAACAACAAACACAGAAGCAGCCAUUCACGACCAUCCACGUGUCCUUCUUACUUCCGUUGGAUACACGAGGAUCUACGGCCAUGGAGAGAGACAGGGAUAACGAGAGGGAUGGUUGAGAAAGCAAGGAGGACGGCGCAUUUCAGAGUUAUAAUCCUCGACGGAAAAGUCUACGUUAAGAAGUACAGAAAAUCUAUCCAGACUCGAGAUGUUUUUACUCUGUGGGGCAUCGUACAGUUGCUACGGUGGUACCCAGGGAGAUUGCCGGAUCUAGAGCUCAUGUUUGACCCAGAUGAUAGACCAACCGUACGAUCUAAAGACUUUAAAGGUCAACAACACCCGGCCCCACCUCCACUAUUCCGUUAUUGCUCUGAUGACGCCAGCUUGGAUAUCGUCUUCCCUGAUUGGUCCUUCUGGGGCUGGGCUGAAGUUAAUAUAAAGCCUUGGGCUAAAUCGCUAGUGGCGAUAGAAGAAGGGAACAAGAUGACCCAAUGGAAAGACCGCGUGGCGUACGCUUAUUGGAGAGGCAAUCCCUAUGUGGCUCCCACUAGAAGAGAUCUUCUUAGAUGUAAUGUCUCAGCGCAAGAAGAUUGGAACACUCGUCUCUACAUUCAAGAUUGGGUUAAAGAAUCCAGGGAAGGGUUCAAGAACUCAAACCUAGAGAACCAAUGCACCCACAGGUACAAGAUUUAUAUAGAAGGAUGGGCAUGGUCCGUGAGUGAGAAAUAUAUAAUGGCAUGUGACUCGAUGACAUUAUACGUGAGACCAAAGUUCUAUGAUUUUUACGUACGAGGAAUGAUGCCAUUACAACAUUAUUGGCCAAUCAGAGACAACUCAAAGUGUACUUCUCUCAAAUACGCCGUACACUGGGGAAAUACACAUUUAGAUCAGGCGCGUAAGAUAGGAAAAGAAGGGAGUAGAUUUAUAAGAGAGGAGGUGAAAAUGGAACAUGUGUAUGAUUACAUGUUCCAUUUGUUGAAUGAGUACGCAAAACUUUUGAAGUUUAAGCCGGAGGUUCCUUGGGGAGCGACGGAGAUUACGCCGGAUAGUAUGGGAUGUCCGGCGACGGGACGGUGGAGAGAUUUUAUGGCGGAGUCGAUGGUCAUGUUUCCUAAUGAAGUGUCUCCUUGUGAGAUGCCUCUUCCUUAUAACCCUCUGGAGCUAAGAGAGUUUUUAUUGAGUGGAGGUAGAUACAGAAUCAAGGUGACACCAAUAUUCACAAGAAUCACCAACGUCACUAUUCCCAAGAACACACUUACUACACCACUCAAGUUCACGUUGCAGUGCUCUCUAGACAAUAAUAACAUAACAAUACAGACGUGCCCUGCAAGCUACCCGGAGAAAUCGAACCCUAAAGACGAUGCAGAGACUUGUCCAGAUUACUUCAGGUGGAUCUACGAGGAUCUUGAACCAUGGCGUGAGACGGGAAUCACUAGAGAGACGCUAGAGAGAGCAAGUGGUAAAGCUCACUUCAGGCUAAUCAUAAAGGGAGGAAGAGUGUAUGUGCAUCAAUACAUGAAAUCAUUUCAGACAAGAGAUGUUUUCACAAUAUAUGGUAUAGUGCAGCUUCUAAGGAUGUAUCCUGGUCAAGUCCCUGAUCUUGAGCUUCUCUUUAUGUGUCAUGACUUUCCUGAAAUAUGGAGAAGAGACUAUAGGCCAAGACCAGGAGUCAAUGUAACGUGGCCACCUCCUCCACUCUUCCAUUACUGUGGCCAUGCCGGUGCUUUCGACAUUGUCUUCCCCGACUGGAGCUUCUGGGGAUGGCCGGAGAUUAACAUAAUGGAGUGGAACAAACUAUCGAAGGCUCUAAGUCAAGGGACUAAGAAGGUGAAGUGGGAAGAGAGAAAGCCUUACGCAUAUUGGAAAGGGAAUCCUGGAGUUGCCAAGAUCAGAAGAGACCUCAUGAGAUGUCAUGAUCCCAUGGUUCAUCUCUAUCAUCAGGAUUGGAGGAGAGAGGGCAGGAUUGGGUUUAGGACUUCAAACCUAGAAGAUCAAUGCACACACAGGUACAAGAUCUAUGUAGAAGGAAGGGCUUGGUCGGUGAGCCAAAAGUAUAUAUUAGCUUGUGAUAGUAUGACUCUUCUUGUAAAGCCAUUAUACUUUGAAUUCUUCACUAGAAGCUUAGUUCCAAUGGAACAUUAUUGGCCCAUUAGACUUCGUGAAAAAUGUGGUGACAUCAUCUUUGCCGUUCGUUGGGGCAACAAUAAUACCAAAAAGGCAAAAGCUAUAGGGAGAAAUGGAAGUGGGUAUGUACUACAGAAUCUAAAAAUGAAGUAUGUGUAUGACUACAUGUUGUAUCUAUUGCAAAGCUAUGGGAAGUUGAUGAAGAUGAAUGUACAAGUGCCUGAAGGGGCCAAGGAAGUGUGUUCGGAGACAAUGGCGUGUCCGAUCAACGGAGGUCGAGUCAGACAAUCUAUGGACGACUCGUUGGUUAUGUUUCCGAGCGUUAAGGGCGCUUGUGAGAUGCCUCCACCAUUUGAAGAAGAUGAGCUCAAGAAGUUUCUAAAGAAGAAAGAAAGUGUUGAGAAAGAAGUUGAGAAGUGGACUAACGAGUACUGGGAGGAACAAAAGAAACGUUAUCUAAACAAAAACUCGUAA